AAUUUUCAUAGCAUAAAAUGUGCGACAUGUCAUACGAAAAUUUUAUUUACCGCCAUAGUCUCUAAAUGCCAAUAUGAAUCCCAAAGUUCAAGAAACACUGAAUAAUCUGAGACCGCCAGUGGAAAGACUUUUCAAGAAUUACCGGUAUUGUAGAGACGAAGCGUCUAGAUAUAACGCGGAGGCGAAUAAUAAUUUAUAUACGACGCCAAAUCAGCGUGUAAACAGUACUUGGGAUGUGAAAGAUACCACUUCUUCAUUGUCUGUUCUCGUGAAGCAAAGUGAGGAGAACCUGACAGUCGAAAAGUAUACCGUAUUGAGCUACACAAAUCUCCAAUUCUCAAAAGUUCCCCACUACUGUAACUCAUCAAUCGAUGAUCCAGAAGUAGAAAAACCGGUGAUCAAAGUAACCGUCAUACCGAACAACACUUCUGCGACUCGAAAGAAGAGAAGUUGCCCGAAAAGGAUAGAAAGCUCUGUUUCUAAUCAAGAGAGCUCAGUUAAAUCCGAAAACGUAUACAUUGUUAUAAAAAAUAGAAAACACGAAAAAGUCUAUGAAGUAAAAGGCACUGGCAGCGCCGAGUUCUCGAAGUCUAAUUACAAGCGCCGAUUGAAACAUGAGGAGAUUUCUGUGAAGCAAAACGUCCAACAAUUGCUAAAAUCAUUGAAUAUGGACACAAAGAAAAAGAAAGGGAGAAGAAAGAGACUGUCCGGCGAGGACGAAGAAGAAUUUGAUGAUGAGCAAUUUGAGAAAUACUCUGGCACUGGAAGAUGCACGUGCUCGAGACAAAUAGGCUCUUAUGACAUUUUUGCUAAUACAAUGGCACCAGCACAGAUGGAACAAAGUGUCAAACGACAUCUUAAAUCGUUGCAUGAAAAGAAAAUGAGAAAUUUAGAGAAAAUACAACUUGUAAAUGAAGAGAUGCCUUCAGAAGAGGAAGCUUUUGAGAAACUUACAUACGACUGCAAAUGCCAGCCAUUCAGUGCGGAUACGGGAUGCCAUCCUUCUAAAAAAGGUCAAGUUAAAAUAACUGGUAAACUUGGUUUGAAUCAUGAUGAUCAGUAUGUGCUGCAAUGCGAUGCUAGUAUUGACGACCAACCGUUUGAAACUAUGUAUCAAACUCGUCGCAUCUCUACCACACCAUCUGAUAGUCCUUAUAGCCGGUACUGCGAGUGUCCGCAAGACAGAUUAAACGAACGCUCCAUUUCCAACAAUUACCAACCAAAAUUCAAAGCAAGGAAUCACAAAGAUUCAACUGUGCAGGUCGAUUUGUGCCCUGCUACACCUGCCAUUAAGUCUAUUUUGUGCCCAGCAAUGCAGAGCACUUCAUAUCGCAGCCAAGAAACUCAAUGCAAACCUGCUAAUUUUAACCAAGUUUGUUUUUCCAACAUUGAUAAGCUUAAAAUAUAUGCAAAUAAAGACGAAACGCUUCAGUGUGACUGUGCUAACAGUGAUAAUAUGAUAUUGAAACCAGCUCAAAGGGAGGGUGACAUAGGAGCAUCAAAUUUUACAAAUCCACUCGUUAUUAUAUCCGUAUAUCCCAAGCCAGAAGGAACGCACAGUCGCGAAGCAAGUCCUUCCAGGGCAACCCAUAAUGCAAAGCCUGCAGUUGAUAAACAAACUGCUAGACGUGGGAAUCCUUUGAAACCUAAGACAGAAAAAAAGGCUAUAAAGAGAAAUGAUAGAUCUCCAACAAAACCUGAAGUAAUUACAGGUACUGCACUUAAAACAGUGAAAUCACCGAUCAGAAAUCCAGUUAAAAUACAAAAAGUUGCAGCUAAAACUGAAAGAAGUGAAAAUGUUGUAUCUAAAUCUGAAAAGGUUCGACCUAGAAGUCGCUCAUCGUCGCCGCCUUCUAGUCCAACCAGACAAAAAGUUGACACCAAAUUCGUGGAAAAUAAAACUAUAAAAAUUAAAAAAGAAGUUAACAGAGUCAAGAGUCCUGACAGAAAUGCUAAUUCACAGUUUGGUAAAGCUACUCAACAAAAAGUUAUAACGCAACAAGCAGAGAUGGGUAGCACAUCAAAACAAAUUAAAAUGUCACAUCAGAGGGAUACAAAAUUUUCGUCUGAGGGUACCAAGGCUAAGCAUCCUACGUAUAAAAAACUCACACUAGAUACGUCAGAUGAAUCGUUACAAGAGCUGACAGAUAUACCGAAGUCGUCUAAGGGCGUGAAUACAGAAGUCACUUUAUCAAAGAAAGCAAUAGUAGAUUCUUUUAAACGCGCUUGUGAAUGUGUGAUCGACGGACGAUCAACUUGGGAUGGACAUGCAAGUCAGAAACACCAAAGCGAGUGGGCUGAAGGCAUCACUAAUGCAUCCAACGUUGCUGUAAGCAUAGACGGUGAGAAUGAACUUUACGACGGGCUAUUUCGUAACAGCACUCGCGUUUCUGAUGUACAGGUUCGACAUAUUGAUACGGACCUAUCUUUAAAGAAUCUUUUAUACAAUACUGAUGAAGGGACACCUAGGAAGAGAUCAGACUCUUACGCUUAUAAUACACUUAACCAAUCAAACCACGCUGAGAUCCCACGUGUUUCUGGAUUAGUUGUACGAGAUAGCAUUGAGCUUUUUCACAGAAGGACAGACGAAAGUGACUCUGAAUUGGUGGUAACAGAACAAAUGUCAGUAACUGCUCACGAUGUUUUUAGUAAAGGAAUUAAUAAAUCUUCGGUAACUCCUUCCAAGCAUUACAUAGGAGAUUCCUGCCCUGUUACCUAUCCAAUCGAAAGGGACAGAGAGAUUAGAGAACUGCUCGGCAUAGAGAGGUCUAAAGUUCCUACGGUAUCUCCUAUGUCUUCAGUAGAAGGCAGUCUUCCCAGCCGUAUACCGACACCCGUAGGGACUUCAAGUAAUACGCCUGCUAUAACUCCUGUGGAAACACCUUCCACGUCUGCUCCAACUUACAAGGAGGUUCUUCAAUGGUUUCCAGCAGGCCUUCAAUACAGCUCCUGUGACAAACGGCCGAAACAUGCUCAUGCAAGUGUUCGAGAGAUCGCUGGGAUAGCUCCAAAGUAUGAUAUCAUGUGUCGUAUUUGUAACAAAGUGAAUUCCACCAAAAAUUGUAAACACGAAAAGGCAAAAUGCCACUACGAGGUCUAUCAAACCAAUGUAUAUACCAAACAAACAUAUCGGCCUUUUGAAGUAUAUCCUUUAAAAACAUGCAAUCUACAUUCCUUCUGUUGCUGUCCUGAUAGCGCAGUGCAAUUAUCCAGAAAAACAGUUGAUGGUAAUAUAAACCAUCCGAAUGAUUUUCCUAGCAGAGAACGUAAAAAAAGUUGUGAUCCUGUGGCGCCUGAGGCGCUUAUAGAACAUAUACCGCCUGAGAAGCUUCUGCGCAAAAAGCGCCCAGAUUUGACUAGGCCACGCUGUUGUGACAAAAAAGAAUGUAAGAAAAGUUCUAGCGAUUGUUCUGAUUUCUCUACGAAUUCAUCAAAUACUCGUCUUCUUAAAAAGAAAAUGAAGAGGGACAAAAAGGAGAAGAAGGAAAAACAGAAAGAGGAGAAAAAGCAACGAAAAGCAAUUAAGGAUUUAAAGAGACGGAAAAAAAAAUCUAAAUGUAAAUGUAUCGCAAAACUUAAAAAGGUCAACGACAAAUGCUGUUCGACAUCUUUACAUCAGAUCUAUAAUCCACGAUUGCUUAAAUGUCAAGGAACUACCACUACCCCAAUAGUUCCAAAACCAAAAGAAGAUCAUAACUUACGAACAUUACAAAAAACAAAAUCGCCACCACCAAAAAAAUAUGACUACCGAAAACAAAAAAACACUUGUGAUAAGUUUCAGUGUUGCACCUGCGAUAAACCGAUUAUCCCAAAACAUUUCCCAUUAGCGAAGGAAGCUGAAAUGGAUUGUGUUGAGGAACCUAUACAAGAAAAAGAAGAAGAACAAUGUAUUGUCGACCAAGGCGAAAGUACAACUACCGAGAACAAAGAAGAAUAUAAAAUUAUUGAUUUCCCAAGACAAAGCGCAAAUGUCGAGCACCAGGUAGAAAAUAAACCUGAAGAAAGGAAGGUUAGUAAGCUGAAGGAUAUAUGCUGUUCGACACCUCCAGAUCCGAACUAUAAUCUAAAAUUAAUUCCAUGUCAAGGAAGUAGUACUAACCCAAUAGUUACCAAAAGAGUUGCUAAUGUGAAAACUGUACCAAGAUUACAAUCAAGAUCAUCAAAAAAAUAUCGAGACAUCGAAUUAAAAAACGCUAGCGAUAACAUUUGUUCUUGCACCCGCAAGAGGCCGAUCAUCCAGAAUGAGUUGGCAUUGAAUGAGGAGCUUACAAUAAAUUGCGUUAAGGAACCUGUACAAGAAAAAGAAGAGCAAUGUAUUUACUACCAAAGAGAACGUACAAUUUCCGAGUGCCAAGAAGAGAAUAAACCGGAUGAAAACAAAUUUAGUAAGCACAACGAUGAAUCCUAUUCUGUACCUGCAGAUCUGAUCUAUAAUCCAAGAUUAUUUAAAUAUCACGGAUAUGCUACUAACACAAUAGUUCCAAAAACAGUACCAAGAUUGCAAUCAAGAUUAUCAAAUAAAUAUGGGGACCGAAAUUUGAAAAACACUAGUGAUAAGGUUAGUUGUUGCACCUGCAACAAACCCAUCAUCCAGAAUCAGGUGUCAUUGAUUAAGGCAACCGAAAUAAAUCACGUUGAAGAACAUGUACAAGAAAAACUUGAAGAAAAUAAAUUUAGAAAGUUUAAUGAUAAAUCCGUUUGGACAUCUACAGACCUGAUCAAUGAUCCAAAAUCACUUAAACAUCAAGGAAUUACUACUAAUAUAAUAUUUCCACAAAGAGUUUCUUCAGUGAAAACUGUACGAAAGUUAAAAUCAAAACCAUCAAAAAGAAUUGGAGCCAGUAAUCUGAAAAACACUUGCGACAAGGUUACUUGUUGCACCUGUAAGAAACUCAACAUUCGCAAUCAGUUUGCAUUGCCUGAGGAGCACGAAAUGAAUCGCGUUGAGGAACCUGUACAAAAAGAAGACGAAUCGAUUGAUCAUCAAACAGAACGUACAAUUUUCAAGAACAAUGAAAUAAAUGGAUCUGUUGAUUACCCAAGACAAAGUAAACAUUACGAGCGUCAAGAAGAAAAUGAGCCUGAAAUUUUCGAGAACAAAGGAAAAAAUAGAAGUGUCGAUUACCCAAGACGAAGUAUACAUUACGAGCGUCAAGAAGAAAAUGGCCCUGAAGUUUCCGAGAACAAAGAAAGAAAUAAAAGUAUCGAUCACCCAAGACGAAGUAAACAUUACGAGCGUCAAGAAGAAAAUGGCCCUGAAGUUUUCGAGAACAAAGAAAAAAAUAGAAGUGUCGAUUACCCAAGACGAAGUAAACAUUACGAGCGUCAAGAAGAAAAUGGCCUUGAAGUUUCCGAGAACAAAGAAAGAAAUAAAAGUAUCGAUCACCCAAGACGAAGUAAACAUUACGAGCGUCAAGAAGAAAAUGAGCCUAACAUUGUCGAGAACAAAGAAGGAAAUAGAAGUGCCGAUUACCCAAGACGAAGUAAGCAUUACGAGCCUCAGGAAGAAAAUGGUCUUGAAAUUUUCGAGAACAAAGAAAGAAAUAGAAGUAUCGAUUACCCAAGACGAAUUAAACAUUACGAGCGUCAGGAAGGAAAUAAGCUUGAAGAAAAUAAGCCUAAAGGAAAUGAACAUGAACAAAACUCUUUUCCAAGACAAAGUACAGUUUUCGAGAGCGAAGAUGAUAAACAUCAUGGACAACAAUCUGUGGAUGAAGCGCAGCCUAACUACCAACAGUUAAUUUUGAAUAGAAAUAUAAACAUAUACCUACAAAUUGAAAAGUUUCAUAAACAAAAACCUAUACUACUAUCGAAAAAACAAUAUGAAAAAGUGAAAAAAGUAUUAGAUGUUAAAGUUACCCAUUCGAGGAUAUGGAAAGGCAGACAUGCUCAUCACUGCUGUUCUUGUUCUGUAGGAGAGAUAAGGAAAAAAGAUGGUGAAAAUGAGUUUAAUAACCCUAUGCAUGCUAAUGUAUGCACUCUCAACAGAGCGGAACAAGCAAGUCAGAAAACUUCUUGGCUUAUGACAAAAAACGAAACUGCUCAAAAGGUGUGCAAAAUGACUACAGAACAAAUGGAAUCUGCUGCUGAAUCUCCAAAACAGUCAUUGAUACAACAAAUUUACCAAGACGCUGACCCCGGAACUAUAAGGAAUAAGAUAAAGGAAUUAACAAGUAUCAAACAAAAUACAAAGAAAACAGUACCGGAACCAAGGAGGGACACACAAAAUGUCAUUAACUGUGUUAAAGAAGGAGGAAAAAACAACAAUUCAUAUAAUUUAAAGUGUGCGCAAUGUGGACGGAAAAAUGUACAAGUUUCAAAUGUUUCAAGUUUUAAGAAAAACGAAUUGAAAGAACGUUACGAGGCCCCACGAUACUAUAUAGAUAAUGACAAGUUUUGCAAUAUUUGUAGAAUGGUUCACGGUCUAGAAGGGGAAACCAUAUAUCCAAUACAAAAGCUGAAAUCUAGUACAAGACGAGCAGCUUCUUCUGCUGAGAUCUAUUACGCUAACAUUAACACAGAAAAACGCGUAACAUUUUCUUCAUCGUAUCUUGAUGGUAACGUCGUGAGACAAGCUUCCAGUCACCUUUUGUUAAGGAAACACAGCUCAAAUAGCCUCUAUACACUUUUUAAAGGAUGUCGUCGGAAAUGUCCAACUCCCAAUCUGGGGACAUCGAUCGACUCUUUAUCAUCUGAAAACGUGACCUGGAAGGCUUAUAAAGUAAACCCAGUAGAAGUGAAGAAUCGUAAGCCAUUCCUUAAGAGGUUGAUGUCAUGCUUGAUAAUGCGAUCGAAGACUUCUGAUGUAAGAUUUGGCCGGCUAAUACCAAAAGUUGCGAGCAUGAACAGUUCUAUUGAUUCGUAUCACAUCAAUACGUCUCUUAAUGGCAUCGAUCUAAGUUCCUCGAUUUACGACACCUCGGCAUCGUACUUCACUAAUCACACUAUUUUGCCUAUAAGCGGAUUUAAAAUGAAAAGAGGAGGAUUCUUAAGUUCAGUUAAAGGAUUCCUUUCCAAUAAUCGCAAAACUUGAAUCGUUGACUUCUUCAUUUGGGGUAUUGGGUAUAGUUUUAAAGGAAAAUUACCUUCUGGCCCGGGCUACAGGGUUACAGUAUGUCAUUAGACAUUACAACAAAAAAAUUUGUUGUUCUAUUUUCAAAUUGCUUACGUCUCGAUCAAAAUUACAAAUGGAAAAAUAUCUAUAUCCGUCCGUUUUUCUCUUAGUUUGAAAAGAGGGAAAGAUGGGCAAAAAAUAGACUGUCGUAGUUGAACAGUUGGGCUACGGCGUGGUUCUACAGGCGUUUUCGCACGUAUUUGUAUCUUUGUUGUUUUCAUCGUAUCAUGUUCCACAGUGUGUCGCAUCUCUUGUGACCAUGACUAAGAAUUAGUGUAUUAUUUUAAUACAUUCAGUUCUAAUGUGUGUUGUACAUUGUGAAGAUUUUUAUUGUUUUAUAUUUUUCUUGUGAUUAUUUCGCGUUUUAUUUUUAAAAUUGUGAUUUC